UCGUCAAAACUGAUUGGACCUGUAAAUAGUGCGGGGGAACUUAGACAUUUUAAAUAGAAUUCUGAACCAGUUUGCAACUUGUAAAACAAAGAGCCAUGGCAUUGACUAACUUGAAAAAAGUGUUUUCCCUCUUUUCCCUGGUCGCGUUGGCCAUCUUACAUUCCUCAUUCGAUGUUGCAUCUCUUUCUGUGAAUGAAGAGGCAGAGAUGGAUGCUCUACUCAAUUGGAAAGCUAGUCUUCAAAAUGAGACACAGUCACCCCUGCCUUCAUGGACUCUCCUUCCUAAUAAUGCAACCAAUUCUUUGAGCUAUCAAAAUACAUGCUCAAGCUCAAGCUCAAGCCCAUGCAGUUGGUUCGGUAUUUCUUGCACCCAAGCAGGAAGUGUUACUACAUUAAACUUGACGAACUCUGGCUUGAAAGGUACGCUUCAUGAUUUUCCAUUCUCAUCUCUCCCUAGUCUUGCAUACCUUGAUCUCAGCAUGAAUGAGCUAUUUGGUACAAUCCCUCCUGAAAUUAGUCACCUCUCUAAACUCAAAUUUCUUGAUCUAUCCUUUAAUAACUUUUCGGGGGCAAUCCCACCGCAGAUUGGCCUACUGAUCAAUCUUGAGAUCCUGUCCCUAGCUGAAAAUCAAUUAAAUAGCUCGAUUCCUCCCGAAAUAGGCCAGUUAAAUUCUCUCAAUACCCUUUUAUUGUUUGCCAACAAUCUCCGUGGCUCCAUUCCUGCUUCUUUAGGUAAUUUGAGCAACCUGACUCACUUGUAUCUCAAUGAUAAUGUGCUUUUGAAUUCCAUUCCAGCAUCUUUGGGCGAUUUAAGCAACUUGGCUUAUUUGGCCCUUUAUAAUAAUCUACUCUCUGCCUCCAUUCCACCAGAAAUUGGAAACCUUAGCAAUUUACUUGAACUUGAUAUAAGUAACAAUAGUUUAACUGGUCCCAUUCCUUAUAGUAUUGUAAACCUUGAAAUGCUAACAUUGUUGCAAGUGUUUGAAAAUCACCUCAACGGCUCCAUCCCCCCAGAAAUUGGAAAUUUAAAGUCCAUAACUACUCUUGAUCUCGCCAACAAUCAAUUAAGUGGUACUGUUCCAAUUUCCUUGGGUAAUUUAAGUUCCUUAGAAGUUCUAUAUCUUCGUGAAAACCAAUUUUCUGGUCCUAUUCCUCAAGAGAUAGGAAAUUUCACAAAGUUGACAACGCUGGUGUUGAAUACAAACCACUUUACUGGUUUUUUGCCUCAAAACUUAUGCCAAAGUGGAUCUCUCCAAAGCUUUUCUGCAUAUGACAACCAUCUCAUAGGUCCAAUACCAAAAACCUUGAAGACUUGCAUGAGUUUAAUUAGAGUCCGCCUUCAACAAAACCAACUCUUUGGGAAUUUAUCUGAAGAUUUUGGUGUUUAUAGAAACCUGCAAUACAUGGAUCUAAGUUACAAUAGAUUUUAUGGUGAAAUCUCUCACAGUUGGAGUAGGUGCCCGCAACUAGGCACCCUGCUGAUUGCUGGGAAUGGUAUUGGUGGUGGCAUACCACCUGAAAUUGGAAACUUCACUCAAGUCCAUGUACUUGAUCUUUCUUAUAAUCGGUUGGUUGGGAAGCUACCAAAGGAAUUUGGGAAGUUGACUUCUUUGUUGAAAUUGAAGUUGAAUGGAAACCAACUUUCUGGUGAUAUAUCUCCAGAGCUUGGAUCAUCGACAAAUCUUGAGUAUCUGGAUCUAUCCAGUAAUAGAUUUGACAACUCGAUCCCCAGAAUUAUAGGGAACUUUUUGAAACUACACUAUUUGGAUAUGAGCAACAACAAGUUUUGCCAUGAUAUUCCAAUUGAAAUUUGUAAUUUAGCUCAUUUGUCCCAGCUAGAUUUGAGUCAUAACUCGCUUGAAGGAAAGAUACCUUCACAAAUUGGCAAUCUUCAAAGCUUGGAGAUGUUGAAUUUCUCCCACAAUAACCUCUCUGGUUUUAUUCCAAUUGCUUUCGAAGAGAUGCAUGGUUUGUCAUAUGUGGACAUAUCCUAUAAUAAGUUGGGGGGCCCUCUUCCCAAUACUAAAGCAUUUCAAGAUGCUGGCAUAGAAGCACUACGAGGAAAUAAAAGGUUGUGUGGAAAUGUUACAGGAUUGCAGCCCUGUGUGGUAGGAAGACCAGUCUCAAAGACGAGACCCAAAAUCUUUUUGUUAAUCAUUUUCCCUCUUUUUGGAACACUAUCACUUGUAUUGAUGUUUCUUGGAGUUUUCCUCGUUUCGCAAAGAUAUAGGAAGGACCCUCAUAUAGAUCAAACGACUAACACACACAAUGAAAAAGUGUUUUCGAUAACAACUUUUGAUGGAAAAGCAAUGUACAAGGAAAUCAUUGAAGCAACACAGGGUUUUGAUGAUAUGUUUUGUAUUGGGAAGGGAAAACAUGGAACUGUGUAUAAAGCAACUCUAACAUCAGGAAACAUAGUGGCAGUAAAGAAACUCCAAUCCUUGUGUGAUGAUGAGAUUGUACAACAAAAAGAGUUCUUCAAUGAGAUAAGGGCAUUAACAGAAAUACGCCACCGAAACAUCGUAAAAUUGCAUGGCUUUUGUUCACAAUCACAACACUCGAUUUUGAUUUAUGAGUACUUUGAAAGGGGUAGCUUGGCCACAAUUUUGAGCAGUGAUGGAGGAGCAAAGGAGUUGAACUGGAAUAAGAGGAUGAAUAUCAUCAAAGGUGUGGCUCAUGCUCUAUCUUACAUGCACCAUGAUUGCUCACCACCAAUUGUUCACAGGGACAUAUCAAGCAAAAAUGUUUUGCUGGAUUUAGAUUAUGAGGCUCAUGUUUCAGACUUUGGCACAGCUAAGCUUCUUAAUCGAGACUCAUCCAAUUGGACUUCAUUUGCCGGUACAUAUGGAUAUGUUGCACCAGAGCUUGCUUAUACCAUGAAGAUAACUGAGAAAUGCGAUGUGUUUAGCUUUGGAGUUUUGGCUAUUGAAGUGAUCAAAGGAAGACAUCCUGGUGAAAUCACCUCCAUUCUAUCAGCUUCAUCCGUGGAGGAGAAUAUUUUGUUGAAAGAUUUGUUUGACCUACGCAUUCCACCUCCCAUGCUGCGGGCUGAGAAUCAACUGAUACUCAUCAUAAAGCUGGCAAUUGAAUGCUUGCGAGCGAAUCCAGAAUCUAGACCAACUAUGCACAUGGUCUCUCGGGUGUUAUCAAGCUGAAGUGCACUUUCUUAGAGCCAUCCACAGUCCGACUCUGACUAGGACAAGAAAGAACAUGAAAGAAUAUAAAUUUUAUAGGACACUAUAUUUUGUCAAAUUUAUUCUGCUGACCAGAUCUUUAAUUACGUACAAGUAUUAAUAAUGUGCUGCUGGAAACACAGAUUUAAGGGCAUUGUGAUUGUAUUUUUGAUUGGCUAUUUUGGUAUAUGCAUAAAUAAUUCAAAUGUAGUAAAAAAGAGAUUAAUGGUGAUCUUUUUGUUUUAGUCAUUUAUAUUCCAAUUGAGGCAUAUAAAAGGGUAGAUGGAAAAAUUUUAGUUAUAGUUUGCGCUUUGUUUGCAAGCCAAUUGUCAAUAACUGAUGGUAACAAUUCUUGUCUGCAAGAUG